AUCGGGGCCAGUCGGGCAACGUCCAUCACCAGCUGUCAGCAAAAUUUAUUUCUCUCCCCACACUUCGGUGCAAAGUGUAUUUAAGUGGCCAGGCGGUCGGUGCUCGAGAACACACGCGUUUCACACACCUGAGAGGGCUGCAGUCGUCUGGACGGUCGCGAAAGUAGCAGAUACCAAAUAAGGAGAACACUUGUCACCAUGAUACCGACCAUAACGAAGAAGUACCAGAACGUGGUGAUUAGCACGGGCAACAUCAUCACCACAGAACUGGGACAGCGCAAAUCGAACGAGGAGCUGUACGACGGCCUGAAGAUAACGCUCCACACCGACUCGACUGCGGAGCGCGUGGCGGUGGAGAAGGAGAUCGACGAGCUGCAUGGCCGUGUGCAAAGGGCCACCCAGGAGCUGACCACCCGCUUGACGGAGAAUGGACGGAAUGAGAUCAGUAUCGGUGCCAAGAUAUUCCUCAAUCGCCACUCCACAGAGUGUGUGAAACAGGCGGUGGAGGAGCUGCUCCACAUACUCAGUGUGACGCACGUGGACAAUGUGGUGUUGGCCUACCACCCGAAUGCGGUUGCCACCGCAACGCCGGUGGCCACAACCAAACCGCCCUGUUCCGAGGACUCCACCGUCAGCAGGGCUACAAACUGGAGCCAGCGCAAUGGAAAGGAAGGAGUGGCAGAGCUGAAGGAACUGUACCAAACACUGGAGCAAUAUGCCCUCAAGCAGCAGAUCACCCAGCUGGGCAUUGCCGAUCUGGAUGCGGCGACGCUGGAGGAGCUGCACAACAGCGCACAGGUGGCGCCCACAAUUGCCCAGGUCAACCUGUCAACGUGCUGCGUGGUGCCACCAGAACUGCAGGAAUUCUGCACCGCUCACGACAUCCAGCUGAAUACGCACAGCGAUCCCGAGCUCCUGCUGCCCGUGGAGCAGUUCGACGGACUGGUCCCUGGCUACACAAUCGACUGGACACUGCGCUACCAGGUGCAUGUCCGCUGCCGGGGCGUUCUCACCGCCAAGGGCUACAUCGUGGGCGCGUCGAGGUCGAGCGUUUAGUUUUUAGUAACUCCCACAUACAGAUGCUAGGCUAUAGUUUUAAUGUUUGUAAUGUAUGCUGUGUACAGUGGUGUACUUAUUGUUUGUUAUACAAAACCCCAAUUGAGGGCUCGGAGCCGAUCGAUUCACUUUGCUGUAAACUAUUUUAAAAUACUUAUUCUGAACAUAAAGCGUUUCAAAAACGACAA